UGCUGCGAUGGCGCUGCGCAGGUGGAUAACAAGAAGAUCGGACUCGGAUAUGUGGUGAAACAUGUAUUUUAUUCAUACAUGAUGAAACAUGUGGUGACAUUUUUUCUUCCUACCGUCGUCUGGACCUUCACCGGCUCCCGCAAAGAGUCCAGUUAUCCCUGCAGGCUGCAGCCGAGGACUUCUCCAACCACCCCGCCACUUAGGGGUUAAAUGCACGAAACCAAGUGUCACCUAAGAUACACGGGGCUAAGCAGGGUGGAGAAGAAAUAUGACACAGCAAAAUGGAGACUAGGUGUGACUCUGCACAAUUCCUUAUAAAUCAAGGCAAGAAUCACUAAAAGGCAGAAGCUUCUUACUUCUCGCUCAGAAGCCUUAGCAGCUACUUACAUUCACCGCCAACAUGGUUCACUGGACAGCCGAAGAGAAGGCCAUCAUCACCUCUUCCUGGGCAAAGGUCAACGUUGAGGCCGAUGGUGCUGAAACCCUGGCUAGGCUGCUGGUCGUCUUCCCCUGGACCCAGAGAUACUUCAGCUCCUUUGGAAACCUUUCCAAUGUGACCGCCAUCUCUGGCAAUGCCAAGGUCCAAGCUCAUGGCAAGAAGGUGCUCUCCGCUGUUGGCGGUUCUGUCCAACACUUGGAUGAUGUGAAACAUUACCUUGCUGCCCUCAGCAAGUCCCAUGCCACGGAACUCCAUGUGGACCCCGAGAACUUCAAGCGUCUGGCUUCCGUUCUGGUCAUCGUUUUGGCUCGCAAGCUCGGAUCUGCCUUCACCCCUCAAGUCCAGGCUGCCUGGGAGAAAUUCAAUAAUGUUCUUGUGGCUGCUCUGAGCCAUGAAUACUUUUAAAUGUACAAUAUAUUAAACAUCUUGACAAGUAUCUACCAAUAAAGCACUAAUUGUACAAAUUUAACAGCUGCUUAAUUUAGGUGAUGUCUUCACUGUGGAAUUCUGAUGCCAGAAAAUCUACUGCCAAGAGAAAACACCUGGCAUGUUUCGAGUGCAGCGCCCCCCUAGAAGACAACUGCCAGUUCUCUAGGUGUGAGAGAUUCCGUCCCAGGGUGAAUCCUCCUG